AUGCGAGGAGUGGAGUCGACAGGAAUACCGCAGAGGCUUUUCGAGAGAGGAGUGGGAGGGAUCGGGGGGGAAGAGAAGAAUAGGAACUUUAUAGGCGAUGAAGAUGAGGUAUGGACACGCAGACCUAGACAGGAUGAGACAGGCUUUGGAGGAGUGAAACCUACCCCAAUGAAGAGCGAAGAUGGCAGGAAGUUAAAAAGAGCAAGUCGAAUAUGGGAUGGAAUUCCGAGUAGCAAACAGCAGCGGCAGCAAGAGCAGCAGCAGCAGCCAGCCAAAAGUAAGAGAGGAACGGGGGCAGCCCCUAAGACGGAGAAGAUGAUGAUUGGCGGUGCUGACGAAACGGACCAGAUUGGGGCCCAGGGACUUUGCAAACUGAUAGAGAUGAGCCAGAAGGAAUACGACGAUGCAGAGAUCUCCAAUGCAAACAGAUACAGGGAGGGAAAAGGGGGGGAGAAAAAUGGGUUGAAGAGAUGA